UGAUAAUAGUGCUUAUUUUUUAUCGGUGUUAUUAUUUUCGUAUAAAGUGACAAUUAUUGGAUAGCUACCAAAAUUUUAUAGGAUAUACAACUUGAUGUCUUCCUUGUUCCUACUAGUCAAUCUGUGAGAUCGUCGAAAACUUUGAACAUCAAAUCAAGAUGACGAAUGUAACUAAUACCACAUCCACCAGUUACUGGGAUUAUUUAUUUGAAGAACUAGCAGAUCCCAGGACGAACUCAUGGCCCUUAAUUGGAAGUCCUGUACCAGGAUUGACGAUAUUGGGAGUUUACUUGUUUUUUGUUCUAAAUUGGGGCCCAAAAUAUAUGGCGCAUAGAAAACCAUACGAAAUGCAAGGACUUCUUAUUGUAUAUAAUUUGUUACAAGUGCUUCUUAGUAUCUUUCUAUUCUAUGAGGGAUUGGAUGCAGCUUGGUUAACAAAAUAUAGCUGGAAAUGCGAGCCAGUAGAUUAUUCAAAUUCGGAAGAAGCAAUGAGGAUAGCAAGAGGCGUGUACAUUUACUUCUUGGCAAAGAUUUCUGAACUUCUAGACACUGUAUUUUUUGUUCUCCGGAAAAAAGAUCGUCAAAUCACAUUCCUGCACAUGUACCAUCAUACCGUGAUGCCAAUGGUGUCCUGGGGUGUUACCAAAUACUUUGCUGGUGGUCACGGAACCUUCAUUGGUGUCAUCAACUCAUUUGUCCAUAUCAUCAUGUACACCUACUACAUGUUGGCAGCGAUGGGACCUAAAUACCAGAAGUACAUCUGGUGGAAGAAGUAUAUAACCCAUUUGCAAAUGGUUCAGUUCUGCAUGGCCUUCUUGCACUCUGCUCAACUUCUGUUCUACGACUGUGGUUUCCCUCGUUGGUCCGUCUUCUUCACCUUGCCAAAUGCCAUCUUCUUCUACAUUUUAUUCAACGACUUCUACCAGAAAUCUUACAAGAGCUCACCAGCCAAAUCCAAAGGCGACAGCAAAGCAACCAAAACCAAAAAGUCAUAA